UCAAAAUAAAAGAUGGCGAUUUUGUGCUCCUGCUGCUGCUGGUGAGUGCAGUGAUUUGUUUUGAUCCGUAACCGUGCGAGUUUGUUCAUUUUUGCAUCCGUGACCGGUUCCGGGUCGUGAGGCACCACCGCAAACAUUGCUUUGAAGCAUGAACUAGCGCUUACCUGUUUGAGCCGCAGCAACAGCAAGCCGAAAAUGUCCCGCACCAAGUCACGGCUGCAGGCAGAAAUCUGUGGCGAUUGCGGCAGCUCAGAUCCCUCAUGGGCCUCGAUCAACCGGGGUAUUCUGCUAUGUGCCGACUGUUGUUCGAUCCACCGUAGUCUUGGCAGGCACAUUUCGCAAGUUAAGUCAUUGCGUCAAGGCACCUGGUCCCCAUCGGUUCUGGCCUUUGUGAAUCAGCUUAAUAGUCAUGGGGCAAACAGCGUAUGGGAGCACCUGCUACUGGAUUCCGUAGCUCCGAAGAAUCUGAAACGGAAACCGUCGCCAAAGGACCCCCUGCAUCCGACAAAGACCGAAUUUAUUAGGGCAAAGCAUGUCAAUUUGUCCUAUGUGUUGAAGCCCAGCCUGGAGGAUGCGGGGAGUGGUCCGAUUAAUUUAGAGGCUGAAUUGAGUAAACAACUGCACGCCAGUGUUAGAUCCGGCAAUCUGGAAACCAGUUUACGGUUUUUGGUUCAGGGAGCCGACCCAAACUUUUAUCAUGAAGACAAAGGUUCGACACCGCUGCACGUUGCAGCCCGUUCAGGUCAGCUUUCUCAAAUGGAACUACUAAUGGUUUAUGGAGCGGACGUUAACGCGCUGGAUUCGCAGGGAAAUACGCCAUUGGAUGUGGCGAAGGCUUGCAAGCAGACGGCGAUUGCCGAACGUUUGACGGAAGCCAUGUACGAAGUAACCGACCGGUUAAGUUAUUAUCUAACGGGAAAGAAACCGGAUCAUACGGCCGGCCAACAUUUGCUUAUUCCAGAUCAAUCGAAGAAAGAGAUCAGUGAUCAGCUGAAAAUUGCCCGUGGCAAGUUGCAAUUAGUUCCGAAUCGAAUGUUUGAAGAGCUGGUGAUGGAUCUUUACGAUGAGGUCGAUCGUCGAGAAACUGAAGCUAUUUGGUCUACUAGUUCGUUGAACCCGGAAAUUGGCGCUGUUCCUUUCUUGCCCACGAAUCCUCACCUGAGUGCAACAAGAAAUCAGGGACGGCAAAAGCUAGCUCGCUUCAGUCAACAGGAAUUUGCCGGAUUGAUCACUGACGUGCUGAUCGAUGCACGGCGUCGUCAGAAUAUGGCUAAUCUGCGCCCAGUCGAUGCUCCACUGCCGGUAAGCUUGACACAGCUGAAAACGGCCGCUGCCGCGUCCGUAAGGGAGUCUAAUCUGUCCGACGAUGAACCGUUGUACGAUGCGGUUGCAUCCGAUGAUGAUUACGCUGCAUUAGCUCCGGUAGCGCAACAGGCCCUCGUGAAUAAAUCACCACCAAGUGUCGUCUCGAAUGCCGAAGUCGAAACCCUUCGCCAGAAGCUGCAGGACCAAGAAUCAACCAUUAACGAGCUGCGCGUGCUGGUUCAGAAACUGACCAGUGAAAACUGUCAGCUAAAGUCGAACAUGGGCUCGAGAGAAUCCGAAGUUCUGCUACGAAUCGACAGUCACCCGAACGGUUCUACAGCAGCUGCAGAGGUCGAGGAACUGGAACCCGUCUCAGACGGUCGACAAUACUUCAAGCGUCCGGUAAGUAUGUAUGAGGCACGGCAGCUACCCCGAGACGAGAAUCGUCCGCCAAUCACGCAAAGCUUGUACUCAAUGGCACCGCUGGGUACCACCAGUGCCGUCAACGCUGCUGGUGGCGCCAGCACGAACAAUAGCGCUGGUUCAGAUUUGAACGCUACAACGACUAGAAGUGGUAGUCAGCCUCAGCUACCGCACUUCGAUGAGGUCAAAAAGAGAACCGAUCUAGUUGCUAGACGUAUCAAGGAACUGUUUGCUUCGUUGCAAGACCUAACCAAAACGGACGCAUUUGUACCGUGUGCCGAGCGAAUACGGGUGGCCGUAGCCGAACUGAUGGCCAUUUUUCCCGCCACAAUGCGAGAGGAAACACUUAAAAAUGCCCUGAAGCAGCUAACCUACAACACCAAUCUGAUUCAAACGGAAUGCACCCGUCUGCAACGUUCUUUUGCCGAGGAAGGUCAGCAACCGGUCCUGUCGGACAGCAUCAAAGUCAACAUGGAACAGGUACGAGGUUGUGCGUACGAUUUAGCUAUGUCGACCAAAAUUUUGAUCACACGUUUUCAACAAUCGUGAGUGAGUCGGUACCGCAGGGCUGGCAAUAACUUUUAAAACAGUGGAUGCAAGUGGCUCGAAUCGUACAUACAGUAAUUAUUCUGGCUUGCGAAAGCUAGUAGUAUUUUUCUACACCGACGCUCAACCGUCGACGCGAUGGGAGAUUGCCGAAUGUGCCAAAUUUUGUUUUUAGAGAAGUAUUUUGACUACAUUUUAUCGAGCAUAUUUAAAUGUCACAAGAACAAUAUUUUUAACACACAAUAACACCUUAGAAUGAAUAAUUUAUUUUCAAACUGUAUCGAAAUAGAUAGGAUUAACCGACUGAAUUUGUAGCAUAGCCUUGCAUCGGCUACGUUGGAACUUCAAAAAAUAUGUGACCAACUCUUUAUUUUAACUAACACCUUUUUAACGCCAAUAUAAUUAGCAUAAUCGUCUA